AUGUCAGAAACUUCCAUACAAGGAAACCAAGCUAAGGAAGAGCAGCCGCCGUCAAAAAUAACGGAGUCUGUUAAGAAAAUAAUAUCAAUGGAAAAAGAAAAUGAAACGAACGCCAAUCGUAAAUCUCGUAUUGAUCUCAAUGCACUACCAACACGUCAAUAUCUGGACCAGACAGUAGUUCCUAUACUGCUGCAGGGUUUAUCAGCUCUAGCCAAAGAACGUCCACCGGACCCUAUAAACUAUCUAGCUGCAUAUCUACUAAAGAAUAAGAGCACAUUCGAUAAUAAUAACUCAGGUGCCAAUAGCAAUCCGCCCCAAAAUACGCAAACAUAG